CAGAUUGCUUUCUGACACAUAAAUGGGAUUAUUUUUUUCCUCCUGACACCAAAUGUGUGUGGUUUUUUCCAACGCUGCUUCUCAAGCUCUCUGGUACUAGCUGGGUGUCCUACAAUUCUGAGCAAUUCUGACGCUGGCUACCUGGAGUUCACAUCAGAUUCCACAGGUGAAAGGGGCUCAGUCCCAAAAAACUGCUCCCACUUCAGACACGAGUUGCAAUUACCUAGCCGCUGGUGCUUCUGAGCGACUGGCAAUAGUUUGGGGUUUCCCACAGCUUCCGCCUCAUGUUCAAUAAUUUACUGGAAUAGCUCACAGAACUCAGGAACACACUUUACUUACAAUUGCUGCUGUAUUACAAAGGAUGGGCCAGGUGUGGUGGCUCACGCCUGUAAUCCCAGCACUUUGGGAGGCUGAGGCAGGAAGAUCGCUUGAGUCUAGGAGUUUGAGACCCAGGCUGGGCAACAUAGCAAGACCCCAUCUCUACAAAAAGUGAAAAAAUUAGCCAGGCGUGGUGGUGCAUGCCUAUGGUCCCAGCUACUCAGGAAGUUGAGGCAGGAGGAUUGCUUUAGCCUGGGAGGCUGAGGCUGCAUUGAGCUACAGUCACACCACUGCACACCAGCCUGGGUGACAGAGAGACCCUGUCUCAAAAAAAAAAAAAUUUUUUUUUUCUCAAAAGGAAAAUUCCAAGGGUUUUAGGAACUCUGCACCAGGAAGCAGGGGAAAACACCAAGUAUCUUUGUUUGCUACACAAAGCCAUGGACAAAGCAUAAUAAUACUACCUUCUGACAUUAAAUGAGGAUUUACAUGUUCAGGUGCACUUUUCACACUGCAGGUGGAUAGAAUACAGCCCUUUUAACUUAUCAGCCUCUAUGAUAAAUUAUUGCAUUAAUCUGUGUAGGACUGUCUCAUUCAGGAGGCCCCAGAUGGCAGGUAUGAAACACUGAUGUCUGCAUGUUUGUUGCCAAGCCCAGGGCAGACAUGACUAAUCGAUCUUGGCACAUUUUCAGAGCAGGAGGUAAGGCUAGGCAGAGCAGCAGAGGCUCAAGUGAGAUAGGCAGGGCAGAGGCAUGAAUGUUGAGCCUGGCUGGCCUGAUUUGUUUUCCUUUCUGUGCUCAAAGUUUCAUCUGGAGCUGGGUUCUGAGCUGGAUGUGGAGGAUGAGGUUCAUGGAGACGACAGCAUGAACAGCAGAGCUGCAGAGCUUGGGAGUGGGAAAGGUCCUGCAGAGUCACACCGGACCCCUCUAUUCCUCCAAGGCUCGUCUAACAUGUUGAGUGACGUGGCGUGGGGGUUUAGCCGUACUGCACAUUGCAGAACUCCAGGGGGCGUUAUUGAGAUAGGAACCACAUGAUUUCUUCUGGAAUCUUUCCGAGACUGCUGUGGUUAAAAAGGCAGGCCUGGCUGGACACAGGGACUCACACCUGUAAUCCCAGUACUUUGGGAGGUCGAGGUGGGAGGAUCUCUUGAGCCCAGGAGUUCAAGACCAGCCUGGGCAACAUAGCAAGACCCCAUCUCUACAAACAACAACAACUAAAGCCUUAUAUUUCAACAGCUUUGGGGCAAUAUCUUCUCUCUACACCAACGAUGGUGACAUGGAAGCUCUCGAGGCUGACCUGAAACAUCGAUUUACCCGACAGGAGUGGGACGUGGCUAAGAGCCUACAGAAAACCAUCCAAGCAGCGAGGUCUGAGAAUUACUCUCUGACCGACUUCUGGGCCUACAUGGUUAUCUCUAAGCAAACCAGAGAACUGCCGGAGUCUCAUUUAUCCAAUAUGAAGAAGCCCGUGGAGGAAGGGACACUACCCUACCCGAUAUUUGCAGCCAUUGACAAUGACCUGCAACCUUCCUGGCAGGAGGCAAGAGCACCAGAGACCUGGUUCGAGUUCACCCCUCACCACACUGGCUUCCCUGCACUGGGGGCCUAUGUUUCCAUAACCCACUUCGGAAGCAAAUUCAAGAAGGGAAGACUGGUCAGAACUCACCCUGAGAGAGACCUGACUUUCCUGAGAGGUUUAUGGGGAAGUGCUCUUGGUAACACUGAAGUCAUUAGGGAAUACAUUUUUGAUAAACAUUCCUCCUGCUUCUACUCUUUUGCAGACCAGUUAAGGAAUCUGACCCUGAAAGGUUUAUGGAGAAGGGCUGUUGCUAAUGCUAAAAGCACUGGAUGCCUUAUUUUUGCCCGAUUACUGAGGCUGCAAGAAAGUUCGCAAGGGGAACAUCCUCCCCCAGAAGAUGAAGGCGGUGAGCCUGAACACACCUGGCUGACUGAGAUGCUCGAGAAUUGGACCAGGACCUCCCUGGAAAAGCAGGAGCAGCCCCAUGAGGACCCUGAAAGGAAAGGCACACUCAGUAACUUUAUGGAUUUUGUGAAGAAAACAGGCAUUUGUGCUUCGAAGUGGGAAUGGGGGACCACUCACAACUUCCUGUACAAACACGGUGGCAUCCGGGACACGAUAAUGAGCAGCCGGAAGCACCUCCGCCUGGUGGAUGCUGGUUUAGCCAUCAACACUCCCUUCCCACUCGUGCUGUCCCCGACGCGGGAGGUUCACCUCAUCCUCUCCUUCGACUUCAGUGCCGGAGAUCCUUUCGAGACCAUCCGGGCUACCGCUGACUAUUGCCGCCGCCACAAGAUCCCCUUUCCCCAAGUAGAAGAGGCUGAGCUGGAUUUGUGGUCCAAGGCCCCCGCCAGCUGCUACAUCCUGAAAGGAGAAACUGGACCAGUGGUGAUGCAUUUUCCCCUAUUCAACAUAGAUGCCUGUGGAGGUGAUAUUGAGGCAUGGAGUGACACAUACGACACAUUCAAGCUCGCUGACACCUACACUCUAGAUGUGGUGGUGCUACUCUUGGCAUUAGCCAAGAAGAAUGUCAGGGAAAACAAGAAGAAGAUCCUUAGAGAGUUGAUGAACGUGGCCGGGCUCUACUACCCGAAGGAUAGUGCCCGAAGUUGCUGCUUGGCAUAGAUGAGCCUCAGCUUCCAGGGCAUUGUGGGCCUGUUGGUCUACUAGGGCCCUGAUGUCCACCUGGCCUUCCUGUUCUUCACUCCCUUCAGCCACACGCUUCAUGGCCUUGAGUUCACCUUGGCUGUCCUAACACGGCCAAUCACCAGUGACCAGCUAGACUGUGAUUUUGAUAGCAUCAUUCAGAAGAAGGGGUCCAAGGAGCUGAAGGUGGUGAAAUUUGUCCUGCAGGUCCCUCGGGAGAUCCUGGAGCUGGAGCAUGAGUGUCUGACAAUCAGAAGCAUCAUGUCCAAUGUCCAGAUGGCCAGAAUGAAUGUGAUAGUUCAGACCAAUGCCUUCCACUGCUCCUUUAUGACUGCACUUCUAGCCAGUAGCUCUGCACAAGUUAGCUCUGUAGAAGUAAGAACUUGGGCUUAAAUCAUGGGCUAUCUCUCCACAGCCAAGUGGAGCUCUGACAAUACAACAAGUGCUCAAUAAAUGCUUGCUGAUUGACUGAUGGA